UUGUAUAAGCGACCUUUGUUUAGCAGUCGAUCGAGGGUUGCGUUCAUUGAGGGUGUGCUAGGGUGUGUGUAUGUCGGGGGUGCGGGGUGCGGGGGUGCGGUGAGGGUGAGGGCGCCUGCGCGACCCGGGGCGCGGCGGCCGGCCACGCUGCCUCACGCGCUGCCUCACACGCCGCCCGACGCCCGCCGCUGCCUCGCGCUCCUCGUCCAUAUUGUCCUGUCACAGCAGUACGUGCUGGCUACUGCUGCGCCGGGACAAGCUGGUCGAGCUGUUGCUAUAUCUACGGACCGAGCCGACACCAAGCAUCUGUCUCCACUAAGCUAUAACUGUGCUGUGUCUGUUUGCAGGUAUAAGUUAUGUCCUAGGUCCGCCUGUCUCUGGUCCUGUCGUCGUUCAGUGCGUGAAAGUGUCAGUGCAUGUAGUCGAUGUAUUCCUUGUUUAUUGAACCGGGCUCGUCGGUGUCGUAGCUCGAGACGGGUGCAUGUAUCGAGCGAGCCACGCCGCAUGCGCGCGCCAUCUUUGGCUGCAUCCAUCGACACGGCCAUUCCAUUUGGUGAAAAUAUCUUUUUAAACACUUAA